UUCUCAUUGCCCCAACAUUUUUCGAUCCCGAGAAAAUGCUCCACAAAUCAAAAUCUCUCAAGAAUGUUCAGGUUGACCCGCAAAAAUCCUACGAAUUGUCCCUCUCGGGCUUCGCACGGAUACCGUUACUGUGAAUACCAGACGGAGAAAGUAUUCUUACAGAGUCAUACAUAUGAUGAUGAAUGUAAACUUGACGAAAUGGACUUUCAUAUUCAUGUCAUUCUCUGUGGGAUUCGUGGGGUUUUUGAUGCACGCGAUUGAGGAUUACAUCCCUCUUUUAAUUCGAAAGACCUUCAGAUACGGAAAAUAUGCAGAAAAGAAGGAUCAUGUUUUAGUGAAUCACUUAGAGCUUCCAAAAAGAUGGUUCUCCCAUUUCUACAUCUUCGCAGCACCCGUGGCAGCAGUUUCCCUCGUAAUUCUCGUGAAUAGGUACUUCUUCGGCGGAGAGUUGCCGGAAGUUGUUCGUUGGCUUCUGGAUUUUCAGUUGGGCUCGUCUAGAAAACCACUGGUUUCUUCGGAAAAAUGUUUUAUUGCGAUGUCACUGAUAACCAUUCAGUGCUGGAAGAGAUUAUACGAAACUACUUGCGUAAAUGUCUUCAGCAAUGCAAGAAUCAAUAUCACUCAUUACAUUGUUGGAUAUGUUCAUUAUAUUGGAACCUUCACGUGCAUCCUGGGAGAAUCUCAAGGGUUUGUCAAAGAUUUUCGAUUCACCUUCCACUGGACUAAUUUAACAUCCCUCGAUUAUUCAUCCGCCCUUAUUUUCUUAUCCGCGUCGUACUUCCAACUGCACUCGAAUUAUAUUCUGUCGAGUUUGAGAAAAGAUAGAAAAGGGACUGUUGUCACGAAAUCGUAUAAAAUACCGAAAGGAGGGCUCUUCAACUACGUAACGGGUGCUCUACAAUUCACGGAGAUUAUCAUGUACUUUAUGCUCACAAUUAUUCUCUGGAGGAGUUCAACUUAUCAUUACGUUUUUCUGUGGGUGCUGAUAAAUCAGAUGCAAACAGCAGCUGAUUCUCACAAGUGGUAUCGAAGCACCUUUAAAGAUUAUCCAAAGGAUCGUAAGAUCUGCAUUCCAUUCAUCUUGUAGUACCCCAAAUGAAUAACCAGAUUCAUUAAUGAAAUAAUGAAUUAAUUAAACCAUUCGUGAAGUGAAAUGACUGAAUUCAUUGGAAGAAACGGGUGGAAAAGAACAUGUAUUUCAAUUUACACAAAUGUUGUUCCUAAUAAUGUCAUUCCAUUCAUCCACUUUAAUAAUUGAGAACCAACUUAUUAUAUUUUGUUACGGCAAUAAUAUUAUGAACAGUGAAAUAAAU